UAGAAUUUAGACAAGCAAAUAAUUCGCAAGAAGUAGAUAGGUAUUGUGCAAAUGAGAAAUUGAAUCUAGUAAAAAUGAAUUUUACGAAAUCCGGCAACAUGGAAAGCACCAACGAAAAUGGAAAAUAAUAAAUACAUUGAAUAGCAAUCAUAAUGGGUGGGGGAGCGUCCAAAGUUCUGCCCGAAGAUACACAAAUUGUUGUAGUUGGUGGCGGCUUUGCUGGCAUCCGUGUUGCGCUGGACUUGCUUCAUACAGGAAAAGUGAAGCUGAUCGACCCCAAAGACAGUUUGUUCUAUAACCUUGGAGCACUGCGUUCUUGUGUCGAACCUAGUUUUGCAAAUUACAUAUAUAUACCAUACCAAGAAACAUUCGGAGAUGCCUUUUUACGAGGAAAGGUGGUUAAGAUCAAUAAGGAUGCAAAUACGGUCACCCUUGAUGACGGGCAAGAUAUUCCAUAUACACACCUGGUACUCGCAACUGGUGGCGGUGGCCCGUUUCCCGCCAAGAUGUCGAUAGAAUAUCCCAAAAUCUCAAAGGAAGAAGGAUUGCAGUUAUACAAAGAUAUUAACAAAGAAAUUCUCGAAUCCGACACUAUUGUUUGUGUUGGGGGUGGAGCAGUGGGCGUGGAACUUUCGGGAGAACUAAAAACCGACUUUCCGGAUAAGAGAAUAAUUCUUAUUCACUCAAACGAAGUGUUAUGUUCUAACAGACUGAAAGCAGGUACCCAGUCUAAACUACAAGCUCUCGUUAAAAGAAAGGGGAUAGAAUUGAUGCUGAAUGAAAGAGUGUCGAAUCUCAAUGAGUUACAAAUCAACAAGUGCACAAAAGAUCAAGUUUUGAAAACAGAAAGCGGCAAAGAAAUUAAGGUGGACUUGGUGUUCAGAUGCACGGGAGUUAAGCUCUUGACGGACGAUUUCAAGGACGCUCUCGGUGACGCCAUAAACGAUCGAGGGCAAGUGAAGGUUGAUCAAUUUCUAAAAGUAGAAGGCACAGACAACAUUUUUGCUCUAGGAGACAUCACAAAUGUAGACGAGGAAAAGAUGCUGGUGACUGCAUAUGCUCAGGGUUCUUCGUUGUCAAAUAAUCUAUUUGCUUGCGUCGACGGGCGGGCAAUGAAGCCAUACAAGUCGGGAAGCUUCGGAAUGGCCGUGCCUGUGGGCAGAGACGCUGGGGUAGCCGAACUGGGAGGUAUUGUCUUCGGCGACAUGGUAACCAGAAAUAUAAAAUCAGACAGACUGUUCAUCGAUAAAACUUGGCGUCAAAUGAAGCAGAAGCUUCCCAAAGUAUAAAUAUCAAGAACAAUUUUGUGGACUUCAAACAUCCUCCGCGAUAGAUCACACGUAGCUAUUACGCACAUAUAUUAUAUAAAUCAGUCUUCAAACAAAGGAUGCCCAACACAAUGUGUCUAUUUGCAUGUAUUUCUGAAUAUGUCUGAACAUCACAAUCAUAUGAAUUGAUCGAUCAGUUUAUUCUGGCACAAUUUUUCCAAACGUAAUCACGUGAUAGCUUGCUUGUAUUUUUAGAAUGCACGUGCAAGCCUAACUUAAGCGGUAGUAACUUCCCUUGAGCGCAAUUUUGCUUUGUGAUUAAUGAUAGGAAAAAAAGCUCAUCUCAUAUAAACUGAUGGCACAGAAGC